AACUAUCCAAUUAUGAAAUAAAGCCAACGGUAGUAAAUUGGAUAGCUGACUUUCUUCGUGGUCGAACUCAGAGAGUUAAAAUAAACUCUGUGCAUUCAAAUUUUCUACAAGUUCCUGCCGGUAUUCCACAGGGAACGAAAAUCGGUCCCUGGCUAUUCUUAGCAAUAAUAAAUGACCUAUGUAUUACAAAAUCUCCGACCAGUAACCUGUGGAAAUUUGCAGACGAUACUUCGGUUUCCGAAGUCAUUCCAAAAGACGGUGUUAGUUCCCGGCCUGAUAAAGUAGACGAAGUAAAUAAAUGGUCGAAUGAAAACAAAUUACAACUGAACCCUGGUAAAUGCAAAGAGCUGAGGAAAAAUUUUAUCACGGAACCAUUUACUGAGGAACACCUAGAUAUAAACGUGAAGCCAUUGAAAUUGAAAAAUCCGAAAAAG